ACCGGACGCCACGCCACGAACGCAAUAGCUCUUCAAGUCUGCAAUAAAAAAUGGCCUCCAAUAAAACUACAUUGCAAAAAAUGGGAAAGAAACAGAAUGGAAAAAGUAAAAAAGUCGAAGAGGCAGAGCCUGAAGAAUUUGUGGUGGAAAAAGUACUGGACAGACGUGGAGUGAAUGGGAAGGUGGAGUAUUUCCUCAAGUGGAAGGGAUUUACAGAUGCUGACAAUACUUGGGAACCUGAAGAAAAUUUAGAUUGUCCAGAGUUAAUUGAAGCAUUUCUUAAUUCUCAAAAAGCUGGUAAAGAGAAAGACGGUACAAAAAGAAAAUCUUUAUCGGACAGUGAAUCGGAUGAUAGCAAGUCAAAGAAGAAAAGAGAUGCUGCUGACAAACCAAGAGGCUUUGCCAGAGGCCUUGAUCCUGAAAGAAUAAUUGGUGCCACAGACAGCAGUGGAGAACUGAUGUUUCUCAUGAAAUGGAAAGAUUCAGAUGAGGCAGACUUGGUGCUGGCAAAAGAGGCAAAUAUGAAGUGUCCUCAAAUUGUAAUUGCUUUUUAUGAAGAGAGACUAACUUGGCAUUCUUGUCCAGAAGAUGAAGCUCAAUAAUUGUUUGCAUUGCUUUUUAUAUAUAUUUAUAUAUAUAUAUAUAAAAUCUGGGUCUUAGUUUUUGAUUUACUAGUGUGAAGAAAUAACUACAUUCUAAUGAAAAUCAAGUUUGAUGUGUUCGUUUUGAAAGUAGUAUUGGGGGAGUUGUUGAGUUCUUUUGCAUCAAUAGCACUGGUUACUUUGAACAAAUAAAUAAAAGCUUUCUGUAGUUGCCUCCUUUAUCAGAAAAGGACAUUUGAUUCCAUAGCAUAUUAUUUCCUCUGCAUUAGAGAACAUCUUUUCUAAAUGUUGGGGGAAAUUUCCAUAGUCAUUACUCAGUCAGAACUUGUGUUUAACUCAUAUGCCUAAGGACCAUUCUGGGUUUGUUUUUUUGUGUGUGUAUACAAAAAAUACAUAUACAAAUGGCUUUUUUUGUUUAUGUGCUUUUAACAUUCACCAAAGCAAAAACCAUGGGGUAAAUAAGCUCACGUUUCUGAGAUGCCAUCAUUCUGAACAACCUAAGAAAUAAGUCACUUCAAGUUGAAUUUUUUCUGAAGCCGUAACCUUUCAAAUUAAAUAGAUGAUUCUGUAAUUGGAUAAUUUAAAAGCAGAUCCAUAUCAGAAUCCAUAUCUAUAUCUAUAAUUGUAUAAGUGCAACCAUUUAUUUGCAAAAUUCAUCACUACCACCAACCUACCCAGAUGAGGAAACUGGACAAAUCCUAGUGUUUUAAUCAGCUAAGCAAGACUCAGUUAAAAGGACAUUUAAAGAUUCCUCUGGCGAGCCAUUCCUUUAUAAAAAGUUGAAAUCCCUGUGUUGUAUUGACUAAAAGUUCAUGACU